AUGGUGCCCGGGAAGAGGCUCCCGCCGCCCGUCGACCCGGCCCUCAUCGCCACCCUCCUCACGUUCCUCUCCCUCCCGCAGCCCACGUCCAUCGCGCCGCUCGAGGCCAACGCGGCCUUCCACAGGAUCUACCUGAUACACUACGCCUCGCCGCCGGCGGAGCUGCUGGACCUGCGGCCCAACGUGCUCGGCCGCGAGUUCACGCUCCUGGAGCGCAUGCCCGGCCGCAGCGUCGACUCGGUCUACGCGCGCCUCCCCGAGGCCGCCAGGCUGCGGCUCGUCAACCGGCUCAUCGACGCGCUGGUCGAGCUGCACGCCCACGCCUUCCGCCACGUCGGCGGCCUGCAGCUCGUCGGGGGCGACGUCGUGCCCGGCCCCCUGCUGGAGGACACCUUCUGGUUCCUGCCGGACAUGGAGGCCGAGUUUGGGAGCGACGAGUCGGUCGAGGCGCCGAGCCCCGCGGGGCCGUACGCCUCCCACGCCGACUUUGUAAAGGGGCUCGUGGGCGCGUUUGUGCACGCCAUUUCCAUGCACGAGCGGCUGGCCUGGGCGCGCGGCCUGCUGCCCCGGCUGCGGGCGCUGGCGGUCGAGCUGCCGCGCCUGAGGCUGGACACCAAGAUGGUGCUGGCGCACAAGGACUUGCACCUUGGCAACGUCAUGGCUUCCGGGGACGGGGAGCUGACGGCCAUUUUGGACUGGGAGUUUGCCGCCGUGGUGCCGGCCGUGAGGCGGGAUCCCGCGCGCGGCUUUCUCUGGAACUGCCAGUACUCGCAGGAGGGGCAUGACGAAAAGUACCGCAUGAGGGCCCUGUUUGAGCGCGAGCUCGAGAGGCGCGGCGUGGACAAGUGGUGGGAGGCGACGAAUGGGGAUAUCGACGCCGUGUGGGACGUGGUGAGGUACGAGAGGGCCAUUGUCGAGGUGUGUCCGCGGGCCGACAAGAUGGACCUAUGUCGGGCUUGGAGGCGCAAGGCCGAGGAGGCGCUGGCCAGGCUGGGCGUUUGA